ACUCCACCAUCGAUGCUAUUAUUAGUCGCGAGAGAGAGAGAAAGAACCUGUUUGGCCGAUGUUCCUUUCUUGUGAUCCGAGGAGAACGAAGAGUCGUUCCUGAGAAGCUCGUCGCUAUGGGUUCUCUCCCUGUGCCCGCAUUUCCAUCCAAACACUGCCUUGACGAGAGCAGCCACAUUGACGAAGCCACCCUCUCGGCGCUAUUCAAGUCGCAGCAGAGCCACCUGAACUUCUUCUUCGACCACAUCGACCACUCCCAAACCCUAGCCUUCACGCGCGCGCUCCUCAAUGCCGCCGGCACCGUCUUCUUCACCGGCGUCGGAAAAUCCGGCUUCGUCGCGCACAAGAUCUCGCAGACGCUCGUCUCUCUGGGCGUUCGCUCCGCGUUCCUCUCGCCGGUGGACGCUCUCCACGGCGACAUUGGAAUCCUCACCAAUCGCGAUGUGCUCAUCCUCCUCAGCAAGUCCGGCGCCACCGAGGAGCUCCUCCGCCUUGUGCCGUGUGCGAGGGCCAAAGGCGCGCUCCUCAUCGCGCUCACCUCCGUUGAAGGCAACGCGCUCGCCGCGGCGUGCGACAUGUCCGUGCAUUUGCCGCUCCAGAGAGAGCUCUGUCCGUUCAACCUCGCGCCGGUGACAUCCACCGCUAUUCAAAUGGUGUUCGGCGACACCGUCGCCAUCGCGCUCAUGGAGGCGAGGAAUCUCACCAAGGAGGAGUACGCCGCGAACCAUCCCGCCGGCAAGAUCGGGAAGAGCCUCAUCUUCAAGGUGAAGGAUGUGAUGAAGAAACAGGACGAGCUUCCAAUUUGCAGAGAAUCGGAUUUGAUUAUGGAUCAGCUCGUGGAACUCACAACUAAAGGAUGCGGAUGCCUCCUCGUUAUCGGUGACGGUUACCGUCUGAUCGGAACGUUCACCGACGGUGAUCUCCGUCGUACUCUCCGAGCCAGCGGAGAAGCCAUUUUCAAACUCACUGUUGGGCAAAUGUGCAACAGGAAUCCGAGAACUAUUGGUCCGGAGGCAAUGGCGGUGGAUGCGAUGAAGAAGAUGGAGGCACCUCCAUCGCCGGUUCAGUUUUUGCCUGUGAUAAACGAUGAAAGUAUCUUGAUUGGGAUUGUGACCUUGCAUGGUUUGGUUUCAGCUGGCUUGUGAAUUGUGGUGUCACUGUCAUUAUAUAUUGGAUAUAUUAUCGCUUUAUUCUUUGUAGUUUUUACUCCUAUUAGCAUUUGAGUCCCACCCAAUUUCCAAGUGGGAUUCACCUGUUCUUGUGUACUUAUUGUAUCAUCAUCUCAGAGGAUAGGAUUCAGAAGCAUUCUUUUUUUGCCCCCUUCUUCUUUUGCUCCGAAAGGAUACCAGUUGUUUUUGCCAUUUCGCACCUGCCGACAUUGCGGGGUUGUUUCUACUAGGAGUUUCCGUGCAUUAAUUAUUGAUGUAACUAGGUUGAACAAUUCCAGCUAGAACAUUGUGAUGUGAAAAUGAUAUUUGAAAAA